CCUUCAUUGUGGAUGUGUUGCAGCAUUUCAAAUUUUAACGUUUGUCAGUGUUUACGUCUCUCGGACGUAAGUUCUGUAUCGGAACGAUUAAAUGCAAUAGUUGCAAUGGAGGAAGUAGAACAGCUGAAAGCAAAAUACAUGAGAGUGGACACGUCGAAACUUAAGGAUUUGUUACUGUCGCAGGCGGGAAUUGUGGAUAAAAUUAGAAAAAGUCAGGAUCAACAAUGUCAUGAGGAUGAGAUUAAAAUUAAGGAAUUAACGUCAAAGCUAGCUACUAUGAAAGAAACACUGAAUAUGGAGGCUGAAACUUUAGAAAAUGAAAAUAGUGAGUUAGCAAAGCACAAUCUUUACUUAGAAAAAUUAGAAGUAGAAAAAAUGAAGUUCUCACAAGAGAUCAAGCAGUUGGAAGCACAGAGGAACAACUUGAAAACUAAAUUAGCUAAUCCAAAUUUACAAGAUCAACAAAUGUUAGAACAAGGAAAAAGAAAAUUGCGCAUUUAUAGAAAAUUAACGAAAAUACAGUGGGAUUAUGAAGCUUCCAAGCACAGUAUUCAAGGCUAUGUCACGAAUGGAUGUGAUUAUAUUCAUCAUUUCUGUUAUGGAAACCAGGAGGUUAAUGAAAAAUUAGUUGAUUCCUUAUGGCAUGAAAUAUAUUUGUCUACUGGUGAAAGUUCUGAAGUAACAAAUGAAAAUCUCCAACCAAACAUUCCAGCUAUUUCAUUAUAACUUCAUAACAGAUAUACUAUAUUCAUUUAGAAAUGUUUAAAUUCGUUUUAUCUUAAAGUUUCCAAAUAAAUAUAUUGAUUAAACAGA